AUACUUAUAUUUUAAGGUAAUGACUUGUAAUGUCUUGCCAUUUAAAUUUUGUUUUGAUUUGCACAGGUUCCAGAGUUUCAGACUGUCCCACUCUACAUAUUUGCCGAGUCCUAUGGUGGAAAAAUGGCAGCCCAGUUUGCAGUCUCUCUCAAUAAAGCAGUUCUACAGAAGAAAAUAAGGUGCCAGUUGGCUGGAGUUGCUCUGGGAGAUUCUUGGGUGUCCCCUGUUGAUGCUGUUCUCUCAUGGGGAUCCUACCUCUAUGCCACGUCCUUGAUUGAUUCUGCUGGCCUGACGAAGGUCAAUAACAAGGCCCAGGAAGUAUCUGAUGCUGUUAAAGCAGGAAAGCUGGGACCAGCCACAGAACUCUGGGGCGAGACAGAAAAUUUAAUAGAGAAUGUAACUAAUGGGGUUAACUUUUACAAUAUUCUCAAGGAACCUUGUCGAGCUAAUUCUUCCAAUGCUAUUGCAAGUCAUACAUCACAUAUCUUCGCUUCAAAGAAUCAGGAGCAUCUCUACAAUGCUAAUGUGGGUCAGUUUUCUGCGGUAUUGGAUGCCUUAAUGAAUGGGCCAAUAAAAGAGAAACUGAAGGUCAUCCCACAGAAUGUUACUUGGGGUGGACAAAGUCAGUUGGUGUUCAAGGCUCUUGCUGCAGACUUCAUGAAUUCAGCUGUGAAAAAUGUGGAGAUGCUGUUGAACACAACAUCAGUGAAAGUUGUUGUUUAUAAUGGUCAGCUGGACCUGAUCGUCACUUCCCUAGGUGCACAGAAGUGGGUAGAAAAUCUGCACUGGGCUGGCACUAAACCUUGGGUUAACGCUGUCAGAAAGCCCAUUGAUGGUCCCUCGGGGGCCACACUUGCAUUUUCCAAAUCCUUCAAGAACUUUGCAUUCUACUGGGUAUUGAAUGCCGGGCAUAUGAUUCCAGCUGAUGUUAGUGACACAGCCCUACAGAUGAUGGAGGAGAUUGUGGGCUUAAAAGCUCAUUAGGGGUUAUGUAUAUUAAAUAGUCCAGGUAAGUGAGGAUUCAAUUUAGAUCACAUAUGACAAAGUGCAACAGAAGAAGAAUAGAAAAUCUAACAUAAAUUGUAUCUUAAAAUUUCUUACUGUGAUUAAGUUGUUGGAAAACAUAAUUCUCUAUCAAUGAUUAUUAUUAUAAUCAAAAAGAAGCGCUAAGCCACAAGGACUAUACAGCUCUCUAUCAAUGAAUAGUUUUUAAAUAAAAUAUAUUAAAGGAUUAGGUAUGGGUGUUGGAUUGUUAUAUUCAGGGGUAGGUGUAAAGGUCACAAUGCCUGUAUAGAUUGUAUAGAACCUUACCAUUCACUCCUGAAGCAGUAUUUUGCCCAUUUUCAAAUAUGGUAUGAGCUAAUUUAAAUUUAUAAUUUCAACUCUCUUUGCCAUAUCAGUUAUAGCUCUGAAAAUGAUCUUUAUAUAUGUUAUUUCCAAAGAUGUUUUCUUUAGGUCACAGCUUUGAGUUUGAGUAAUGAAAUUGAGGUUAAAGAAAUAGCUAAAGACUGUGAUAGUAUAAUUUAGACUUAAACCUCUGAAGUGAUACUCUUACAACAAAGCUUUCAUGUUUGUUAUAUAUAUAUAUAGUAUGUAUGUAUGUAGUUUAAUUCUUUUUUUAAAUCUAAAACCCUCCAGAAAUGAGGGGGUAGAAAAAUGUUAGCAAGAGAUUUUUAGAAUUGCUAUACUGUAGAUUCUGUUCUAGCCAGAUUUGCAGGGAUAAAGGACAGUGGAUGAUCCAAUGCUUGACUCUCAGUUUGAGCCAAGACUUGCUUUUUUUUUUUUUUUUCCAAAUUAGGCACUAAUAAAUAAUUUUGGUGACUUAGAUUUUUGUUGGUGUUUUUUUUUUUUUUUUUUUUUUUU